CUCAAGAAAGAAAAAAAAACGGCAAGGGGGACAAAAAACCCGCUCACUCUGGAUUACAUUUGAAUCGCAUUUGCAUCGCAACACCAGAUUUCCAAUCCGUUCCCUGGAUACACGCGCGCCUUUAUUUACGGAUUAAUGUGGUCGCAAAUCUGUGGAUGUAUCAAUAGUUGAAGUUGGUGGCUGAGCCGAGGUGAGGUGUUUUUGGAGUGGAACCAUGUGGCUUCUCUGCUCCUCUCUGACUCUGUUGGCCCUCAGCCUCGGAUCAUGUGAUGCGCUGACAUCAGAGGAAGAUGUACAAUGCCCGUCCUUACAAGUGGAUGAAUGGAAGUUUCCUCAGACGGCCAGGCACAAUAUCACCGGUUUUAAUCUGGUGAGGCGAUUCUCCCUGCUCAAGAGUGCAGAUGUCAAGAAGAUCCGCAACCCUCGAGGACCCGUCAUCCUCCGCCUGGGCAAGACUGCACUCCUACGCCCCACCGAUCAGGUGUUUCCACACGGCUUACCCGAGGAGUUCACCCUGAUCUUCACCCUGGCGUUGAAGAAAGCCGCCCUGAGAGACACCAUCUACCUCUUCCAGAUAUCUGAUCAGCAGGGAUACCCACAGCUCUCUGUAGACUUCAGCGGCCCCGACGGCACCCUGUCCCUGCGUGCCAGGGGGGCAGACCCUGCGGCCGAGCUGAUGAGCUGCGUUUUCACUGGAGAGGGGGUGGAGGCUCUGAUGGACUUGCGCUGGCACAAGGUGGCCCUCAGCGUGCAACAGGAAGCCGCCUCCCUCCACGUGGACUGCAGCUCCAUUGAGACGAAACCCCUGGAGCCCCGUGGAGGUCUACCCACUGAUGGCCACACUCUGCUGGGCAUUCGGGCUUCAGAUGCUGGGCCUGUGCAGAUGGACAUUCAGCAGGUGAUGCUGUAUUGCGACCCCUCCCUCGCCAUUCAGGAGGCCUGCUGUGAGAUACCUGGGGCACGGUGCCCACCAGACGCUCCCAAGAGCCGCCGUGCUGCUGAAAAUGACCUUUUGGAGAACACUUUCAACCAGCAGGAGAUUUUUGCAUCCAAGGAUGUGGCAGAGAAAUGUGCGGGUUGUUUAUUCCUGAAUAGGGAAGAAAAUGUAGUGAAUCUUGGUGGAGCUUCUGGGUUGAAAGGGGAAAAAGGUGACCGGGGUGACGCCUGCUCUGGCUCCCAUUCAGGUCCAUGCACAGAGGGACCGAAGGGCCAGAAGGGAGAGAAAGGCGAGUCGGCGCUGCCUGCCAACUGGGGCGAAGCAGUUGGGUACAAGGGAGAAAAAGGUCAGAAGGGAGAGCUCGGUCCUCAGGGUCUCACGGGCACUCCAGGGAAGGACGGUCGAGCAGGGUCCAUCUGUGUAGUCGGCCCCAAGGGACAGAAGGGUACCCCAGGUGUGGUUGGUCCUGAAGGGCUGGCUGGGGAGCCAGGGAAGCCCGGACAGCCAGGCCCACCAGGAUUUGGAAAACCAGGCCUACCAGGUCUGCCUGGUGUACCAGGUGGUGCAAAAGGAGACAAAGGAGAUACAGGACCUGCAGGAGAAGAUGGAUUUCCAGGAGAUCCAGGACCAAGAGGACCAGCAGGGUUUAAAGGAGAGAAGGGUGACCCAUGCGAAGUGUGCCCCGUGCUGCCCGCAGACAUGGGUAACACAGUGGCUCUGCAAGGGAAGCCAGGCCUUAAAGGAGAGCCUGGAUUACCAGGCAUAGGAGAGAGAGGACUGCCUGGGCCUCAAGGCGCAGAUGGCAGUGCAGGACAGAAGGGAGAAUCCGGAUCAGAUGGUGCCAAAGGAGAAAAGGGGGAGCCGUGCUCCGUGUGCCCCACUCUCGGAGAGUUAACCGCUAACCUCGUCCCCGGGGUCAUGACCCAAAACCUCCAGCAGAAGGGCGAGAAGGGAGAUGCUGGCAUUGGACAGAGAGGAGAGAAAGGGGAGCCAGGAGAUGCAGGAUCGCCUGGCCUUAGAGGAGAGAAGGGUAGCGCAGGCAGCAAAGGAGCUGACGGUAAGCCGGGAAAACCUGGACCAAGGGGACCCAGUGGCAAGGAUGGACAGAGAGGCGCAAAGGGGGAGCAAGGUCUGCCUGGUCUUGGUCUUCCUGGCCUUAAGGGUGAAAAGGGCGAGUGUGGCUUGUGCCAGCCGGCCGAGGUUGGCAGCGGACCCGCCGGCAUCAAAGUGCCCGAGGGAACAAGAGGCAAGCCAGGCGAACCGGGCCUUCCGGGUCCGCCCGGACCUCCAGGUCUCGGAGCUGAUGGCAAACAGGGCCCGCCAGGUGUUGCUGGUGCACAUGGAGAAAGGGGUGAAAAAGGAGAUCAAGGAGAUACAGGAAUGGAUGGAGCUCCUGGAGCCCCAGGACUGCCUGGAGAGCCUGGUCGGGAUGGACUAAUGGGCUUGAAGGGAGAAAAGGGUGAUGCUUGUACCAGCUGCCCUUCUCAGGGCGCUGUGGUGGGUGAUGGUGUAGCUGUACAAGGCCCCAAAGGAGAGAGAGGAGAACCCGGUGCUCCAGGAGAAGGGAAGCCAGGCAAAAAUGGAAAACCAGGCUUACCUGGUGUGCAGGGUCCUGCCGGUCCCAAAGGAAACAAGGGAGAAGCUGGAGUUGCAGGCGUCGGCUUUGCAGGACCUCAAGGUGAAGAGGGACCAAGAGGGCUCCCAGGACUCGUUGGACCUCCUGGAGUCAGAGGACUGACUGGCCCUGUCGGCCCCGCAGGGGAAAAGGGCUUUAAAGGAGAUGGUGGGCCUCCAGGACCACAGGGGCCUGUGGGUGCUGGAGUAGCAGGGCCCCCGGGCAAAGAUGGAGCCCGCGGUUCUCAAGGAUUGCCAGGAGCUGAUGGCAGACCUGGACUUGAUGGAGCUAAGGGGGACAAGGGUGACCCUGGAGAGUGCAACUGCAUAGGCCCAGUGCACACGGGCGUAGGCGGACCUGGAGCUCCAGGAACUGCGAUAAACAUGUGGCAGCCCGGGCCUCAGGGCCCACCGGGACCUCCUGGCCCCCCUGGCCCACCUGGGCCCCAGGGUGUUAUCGGCAUCCAAGGACCACAGGGUAUCCCUGGAAACGACGGGAUACCGGGGAACCCGGGUUUGCCUGGAUACAUCAAUCCCAUUGGACCACACCAGCUGCCUCAAGACUCCACUGGAGCACACGGUGAUGGAGACUGUGGUGAGGGCUGUUCCCAAGGGUUGCCGGGGGUGCCGGGCAUGGCCGGUGCCAAGGGAGAAAAAGGAGACGAGGGCAAGCCUGGUGUAAACCCCUUGGACAGCUGUGACAGGUGUCUGGAAAGACUGCAGAGAGAGCAGGCGACACAACCAGCGGACAGUCAAUCCUGCACAGGAGUACCUGGAGCUCCAGGAAUGCCUGGAUCACCAGGAAUAAGAGGAGAGCCAGGUGCACCAGGAGAUAGAGGCCAAGCAGGAAUGCCAGGAAACAUUGGACCUCCUGGUUUCCCAGGUGCUCAGGGCCCACCUGGUUUACCUGGUCAGCAGGGCGAGCGAGGGUCACCUGGCCUCUCAGGAAUGAAGGGCGAGCAGGGCCCUCCAGGGACGAACGGGUAUCCAGGAACCAUGGGACCACCUGGACUGCCUGGACUGAAGGGCGAACGUGGGAGCGCGGGAAACAGUGGUCAGAAAGGAGAAUCAGGUCCUCCUGGUAACCCUGGGUACCAAGGACAGGCGGGCACACCGGGCAUAAAAGGAGACACGGGACCAGCAGGGCCUGGUGGUCCCAAAGGGGAUCAGGGCUUCCAAGGACAACCAGGUUUCCCAGGACCACCAGGGCAACCAGGUAUUGCCGGCAAAACUGGAAGGGAAGGGCUCCCUGGCCUCAAAGGUGAAAAAGGCAACGAUGGCAUUCAAGGCUCUCAGGGACCCACUGGACCCCCAGGCUCACCAGGCUCCCCAGGGCUGAUGGGCGCCCCUGGUAUCGAGGGACUGGAUGGAAAAGAUGGGAAACCAGGCCUGCGGGGAGAAGCAGGCCCUCCAGGCCCAGCAGGACCACGAGGAAUCCCAGGAUUCAAAGGGAAAACUGGCCACGUUGGCUUCCCUGGACAGAAGGGUGAAGCUGGACCCUCAGGUCCACCUGGCCCAUCCGGCAGACCAGGGCAUGAUGGUGAUCCCGGUGCCCCAGGACCUCAGGGACGACCUGGACCCUCCGGCCACAUUGGUUCUACAGGUCCUGCUGGACCACCAGGACCACCCGGUCCAUCAGGAGUGGGUGUGAAAGGAGAUAAGGGCCAAGCUGGUGACAGGGGUGCUCCAGGGAUGGGAGGACCCCCAGGGCCACCCGGGCACCCGGGGCCCAUGGGGGAGCCGGGCAGCGACGGUGCUGCUGGUAAAGAUGGAGCGGCAGGCCUACCAGGGGACAGCGGGACACCGGGUCAAAAAGGUGAGGCAGGGGCCACAGGCCAGAGGGGUCCUCCAGGGGAAAGAGGUAGACCGGGGCCCCCUGGUGUUGGAGGUUACCACUCCAAGGAUGCACAGCCCAUGAUUGGCCCGGUCGGACCCAGAGGGGAGAGGGGAAGCCCAGGCUCAGAGGGCUCCCCGGGGCUCCCCGGACCUCCAGGGCCACCAGGAAAUGAUGCUGUCGUCAAUUAUGAUGAAAUCAAGAACUUCAUCCGCCAGCAGGUCAUCAAGAUUUUUGAUGAGAGAAUGGCCUACUACAUGUCUCGCAUGCAGAUGCCAGUAGAGAUGGUGGCAUCCCCAGGCCGGCCUGGGCCUCCAGGGAAAGACGGAUCGCCAGGCGCACCCGGGAACGCAGGUGCACCUGGACUCCCGGGACAGAUCGGCAGACAAGGCCGGCCAGGAGGCCAAGGGCUCCCAGGACCACGAGGACCACAGGGAGAAAAAGGAGACAAGGGUGUCGGAGAGAUGGGAGAUGUAGGACCUCCCGGAGCACCAGGUGUCCCAGGCCCCCCCGGCUAUGGUAAGAUGGGGCCCCCAGGUGCUGUCGGCCAGCAGGGUGUUCCUGGGAUCCCAGGCCCUCCUGGGCAGCCUGGUUCUAAGGGACGCGAUGGGCGGUGUAAUCCUGGAGACUGUAUGAGCCAUCAAGUGGAGUACAGCCCCAAGGGCCCGCCUAUCAAGGGCCCCUGGUAGAGGGAUCAAGCAGAGGGACAGAGGGGACUGAAGCAAAGAGACUACGGAGAAGACAUGAAGCCUAAGACCGUGAACCAAAGUUAUAAAAUCUGACCACGAGAUGAAACUAAGGAGCUGUUUUGUUGUGAUCGUAUAGUUGUACCCACAGUUCUCUAAUGCAGCUGUGAGCAAAAAUCCACCAUUUCUUUUUAAGGGCCCCGCUGGAAUGAGGCUUGAAAAGACGCACCAGCAGCACAUUUUUAUUGCAUCAUUCUUUUUCCCGAUGAAUGCCAAUUCAUUGCUAUAUUACUGCCUCUUGCUUUGUUCUGGCCUCUUUUUUUCUGUUUCGCGCUCCCUUUGUACAUUUUCAAACAACCCAGGGGAGGCGACAAGAAUCACAACCUGGAUUUUCUUCUCCUUGAUUAAUUUUGGCCUCUUCCAUUUUUUUUUUUAUUUCUUUGCCUAAAUCUGUAGGAAGAGAAUACACACAAUUAUUGUCGCACUUUGCUUCCACCUCUCAUAUCUUUUUUCCUUUCACACAGAAUCACACUCGGAGUGCAUCCCAUGCAUUUCUAAUAAUCUGUCUCAGUGCUUAUGGUGUGAUGCAUAUUUGAAUUUGACUUGCAAGAGAACAUCCAGAGAAAUGCAUUUCAGUGCUGAAAGAGCAGAUGUCAAAAACGUGCAUUCAUACCCCCUUUGAUGGAUUGACUGUUUUGUAUAUAUUUAUAUUUAUAUAUAGUGGCUUUUUAUACUUUUUCAACUGAUUUGAUAAAAGGCACACACAUGGUUAGCCACUUUUUCUUUAAUUUCAAUAGCUAUAAAGCAACAAAAAAUGCCAAAGGGAUAUUUUUAAGGUGUACAAGCUUUCAAAAUAGAAUAAUGUGUUCAGUAAAAGACAAAUUAUUUAUAGAAGAAAAUUGCGUUCACACAAGAAAGCAUAUUGGCUUUUGUAAUGAUGUUGCUAAAGUUCAUUUUGUGUCAUUUUAACGCUGGUCUUUUUUCGAAACACAGCCAUUUUAAAGCAUCUCAUCUCAUUUUGUAUUCCAAAGUAGCUGUAAUAGCCAUCUGCCUCUUUCACGGGGCACUUGUUAGAGGAAAAUAUGAGCAAUUAUUCAGCCCAGGUACUCACAGGUACUGUAAUACACACUGAGCACGGCCACCAAGCCCUCACAAUCACAGAAAGAAAAUACUCUGAAAAGCAGCACAAACUGCGUUUGUAAUGUUACAUGUUACUGUAUUUUUGAGUUGUUCUAUGCUAUUUUCAUCACUGUUAUGUCUGUAAGUCUACGGAGUCUUAAAUCACGACCACUCUUACCACCUCCACAGUUUAAUCAGCAGUUUAAGCUCUGAGCUGCGGUCAGACUUUUGUUUCUCACAAGCUAACCCAUGGGGAAAAACUUCAAGAAGUAUUAAAGUGCUUUUUAAGAAGUUGUAUCAUGUGGAAGUCAUUGUCACCUUGUGCGGUAUCAAACACUCUUAAAAACACCACCGUCCAUCCAGAGACCAGUUAUGAGACAAUGGGCCCCUGGGCACAGACGUGCCAAAGGCCCCCCACCUCUUCUACACAGGAACAGACCCACACUGAAGUCGCAGCUGUUUUGAAUCUCUUGUAGUUGUUCUGUAUGUUCCCUUUCAUGUGUCUUUGUAGUCGUUUUGUGCCGUAUUCAUCUUGUGUCUCUUCACAGUUGCCACUUCAGUCACUUCAAACAGAGUCUAUGGCCCAGGGGCCCCUGAGCCUGUGCCUGAUCAUCACUCCAUCCAUGUGUCCAUCGACUCUCCAGCCUGUAUAUGUUUCUUUCCUGUCACUGUUAUCAAACCCAUCAUGUACCUUGCAUACUGUUUGUUGUAUUAUGAAAGAUUUGAGAAAAAAAACAUACA